AUGGGAUCGUCAAACAUAGACAUAACACUAUCCACGAAGGACCUCGAGUACAACGUUACAAAUUGGAAAGUCAACACUGAAAUCACUGAUAGCGAUCACAGAGUGAUAUCAUUUACUGUGCUCUCCGAUCAGGACACUACCACAAACCAAUCAAGAGAGAUUACACGUUGUAACGUGGAAAAAGCAGAUUGGGAUAGCUUUAAGGGACAGCUAUUUGUGGAAGCUAUUUCUAAAGCGGCAAAAUCUUCAAUUCCAACUAAGGGGACACAAAGGGGUGAAAAAUUGCCCCAUGGUGGACUCCGGAACUGA